UCAUCUCAGAAAGAAAACCUACUGCAGAUAAGCUGAGCAGUCUUUGUUGCUGUAGUUGUAUAACACUUGACCUGUUGGCUCUGGCUGGGUAAACGAACUAUGACUCUGUACAUGUCAUUUGUUUUGUUUUAUGGGCAACAUUGUGCCAUCACUUUGAGGAGGAUUAUACCAUAAUGAGUGGGGCCUGCAGCCCAACAUGUAGAACACAUGCUAUACCAAUGUUGCAUUAUGAAUUUAACCAAUUUUCAUCGUAACCAAGAUCUUGUUUUGCACUGUUCCUUCAGGCAAACAUGCGGGACAUGCUGGAGAGGCUGCAGACCAUCAGCGAGGAGCAAGAGGACUACGAGCCAGGGUUUUAUGGAACUGAGGAUGACCCAGACAAGGUGACUUUGUCUCAACAGGCCGUGAUGUUUGAGAACUCCUCCACUAUUGACAACAUCCUGAGGGAGGCCCACUCCAUACGCAAGGAGAUCUCCUUGCUCCACCUAGAGGUGGAGCAUCUGGCGAUAAAUAACGAACGCUUUGGCACCUCUAUGCGGCGUCUCACGCUCCUCAAGAAGGACUCCGACUUGAUUGCCAGGGGCAUCCAGCAUCACGGGGGGGCUCUGGCCGUCCGCCUGCAGGCCCUGGGUAGGGAGAGCAGCCAGCUGGAGGCAAAGGAAGGUCUCAACUCUGCUGUUAGUCGCAUUGCCCGAACUCAGCACGACACACUGUCCCGUUCCUUCCAAGCGGCCAUGAGCGACUACAAUGAGGCAGAGGAGGUGCAGAGGGAUGCGUGCCGGCAGAGGAUCCAGAGGCAGGCCUCCAUACUGGGGACUGAAAUCACAGAUGACCAGCUGGACGUGAUGGUGGACAAAGGUGGUGAGGGAUGGGCCGAGCUGUCCCAGAGUCUGCAGACCGAAGGCGGUCACUCGUCCCGCUGGGCAAUGCACGAGAUCAAAGGCAGACACAAGGAACUGGUGGAGCUGGAGGCCCGGCUGAAGGAGGUCCAUGAACUAUUCCUGGACAUGGCCAUGCUGGUGGAGGAGCAGGGGUCCAUGCUUAAUAACAUUGAGGCGAUUGUGUGUGGCACAGAGGAAUAUACAGAGAAAAUUAAUGUUUACAUCAAGAAGGCCCUGAAGUACAGAAAGAAGAGUCCUUUCCAACAAUGUUGUCCCUGUCUAUCCUGUUGUAAACCAAACUAACUCAUUUAGGUAUUUUUUAUGGAUGAUUGAAAAAUAAAAUAUAUGUUUAACUUUGUAAAAAGUCAUUGGCUGAAUAGAGAUGUUAUACAAUGUGUAAAUCUUCUGAACAAUUGAGACUUUACACGCCGCUCAAGGACAACA